AAUAAUUUUCCAAUGGUUUAUGUUGUAAGUGCAGAACUUUUAAGCGAAACCAGUUAAGACAAUCGUUUUCUUUGAGGAAUGUCGCUCUGAGUUCAAUCGUUUAUCCAAAUAUUGUAUUAAUCGCGUACUAUUAUGUCUGUGCGCGUGUUCAACACCAACGUUAAGGUUCUCAGAAACCGAAAUUUGUCAUUGGCCGGCUGUUCGACUUCGCACUAUAGCACUGAAUCUUCUGAACCCCAUGUCAUUAAGAAUCCGUCGUUGUCUCAAUUGAAAAGAGGUACCGGCGGUCGGUCAAGUUUCAAUGGGGUGGUUGCCACUGUGUUUGGAGCGACCGGACUUUUGGGUGCUAAUCUUGUAAACAAAUUGGGAAAAAUCGGGACACAGUUAAUUAUUCCAUACCGAGGAGACGCCUAUUUCAUAAGAGAGUUGAAACUUGCUGGUGAUCUGGGUCAAGUAUUAUUUCAACCGUAUCACUUGAAUGACGAAGACUCUAUCAGGAAAGCAGUGAAGUAUUCAAAUGUUGUCAUUAAUUUAGUGGGACGUGAUUGGGAAACAAAAAAUUUCAAAUUUAAUGAUGUUCAUGUUGAGGGAGCAAAACGCAUUGCACGCAUUAGUCGUGAGAUGGGAGUUGAAAGAUUAAUUCAUGUAUCUGCACUUAAUGUUGAUCCAUUACCCGCUCCUAUUUACUUAAAAAAAGGAUCAGGAUUUUUAGCAUCUAAAAAAGUUGGGGAACAAGUAGUACGUGAUGAGUUUCCUGAUGCUACUAUUUUUCGUCCAUCAGACAUGUAUGGGCAAGGAGAUAGAUUUUUAUUAAUGUACAGCCAUGCAUGGCGUCGUAGUCAACAGCAAAUUGUCUUAUGGAAGAAAGGAGAACAAACAGUUAAACAACCUGUUGCGGUAGCUGAUGUAGCAUACGGCAUUGUAAAUGCUAUGCUUGAUAAAUCCACAUCAGGAAAAAUUUAUCAAGCUGCAGGACCAACUCCCUAUUUGUUAUCCGAUUUGAUGGAUUGGAUAUUUGCAGUUUUACGACGUGAUAGAAAAUUCAACUUCGAUUAUAAGCGCACUGGCAUCUAUGAAAAUCCUCAAUAUCUGCUCAAAAUGUGGUUAACAGACAAACUCUGUCCCAGUUGGCCUCCGGGUUAUGUUACAGCUGAACGUUUUGAAAGAGAAUUUGUAAGUGAUGUACUUGAUGAAAGAUUACCAACGUUAGAAGAUCUAGGUGUAAAAUUAACUAAGACAGAAGAAAAUAUACCUUAUGAACUUAGGUUUUUGAGAGCUUUCCAAUCUUACAUGGAUACAAUUGGUGAAUUUGAAACUCCAGUUCCGCCUCCAGCUUACAUAGCACCACCUAAGCGUAUUUUCACAUAAAUCGUCAAAAUUAGAAACCAUCUGAAGAACGCGUCUGCCGCAGUAGACCUAUUCGGCAGUGCCGCCAAUCAGAGUCUAAAAAAAAAAAAACAAAUACACAAAUCAAUAUUAAUUGUGUUAGAGUAAAAUUAACAUUUUAUCAAAUAAAAAAGUAAAACCAAAAAAAAAAAAAAAAAUUGUAUAAGUAAUGUAUAUUAUGUUUUAAAUAAAUGUUUAUGUUCAAA